UCGAGUGUCGGCACAGUGAAGAUCUAUCUGGACACUCAACAACCUGGAGCCUCUAGCUCUGCGACAGAUUCAUCUCAGCACCCUGCAGUGAGAUGACUUCGACAACAACAGUCUCUUCGACCUCCACCAAAUCGACCAAGCUAAUCCGCACCCCUUCUAUCCUCCUGACACCGUCGAGAGAAACCAAGCGUCGCAAGCUGGACGACAACGCGGAAGCUUCUUCGAGUGCACGCCCUGCGCCUCAGUCGCCCAAGCGCAAAGACGAUGCAGGUGGUGCGAACGUGGCCACGCCCUCGCCCACUGAGAUAUGGCGGUGGACGCUGACGAAGGAUGCUGUGGCCUCGUGCUUCGUGAAGGAUGUGUUGGACAUGAGGGAUAGUGGGCAUAAGGAGGUGGAGUACUUCUGGCUUGGUCGUAUACCGUGCCGGACGGUUGAGUUAGUUGGGGUGCUGGUGGGUAUACAGCCCUUUGAGCAACGAAUCCUUUACACCUUGGACGACGGAUCCGCCGUGAUAGAAUGCAACCAUAAAGUACACCCUCAAGUAAUGCCUCCCCGCAAGUCAAGUACGUCCGACCCUAAGGCUGGACGUACCCGGCAGCCCUCGCACUCCAGUUCCACCAAUGCCUCCCCACGCAAAGGACCUAAUAUCUCAACCUCAAAAGCAGUUUCCUUGCCCCCUCCUCUACCCAAACCUAUCGCCGACAUAGGUACCCCCGUACGGGUCAUCGGCAGGGUGGUCGAGACGUCAAAGGGGCGUCAAGUGCUCGUCGACGAGAUCCGAUCAUGUCCCUCGCCGAACGACGAGCCUAAACACUGGCUCGCAGUUCUCGAACUCCAUCGCACCCGCUACUUCGCUGAUCAUCUUGGUCCGUUCGUCGUCCCUCCGCUGAAGAGACGCGAACAGUCAGCCUGGAUCCCAAGGAGUCCGGAGAAGGACAAAGGCAAGGCCAGGGCGACGGAUGUCCCUAUCUCUCCGAGCAAGUCUAAUGAGACAGGCUUAGGGGCCAUCGAACCCCAGACACCGUCCUCGUCCGGCAUGACAUCGACGGAUGGCUCGCCUGCGUUGGCGAGUUCAAGACUUAGUAAUAGGCAGUCUCCGAUUCGUCUGCGCCAUCCGACGCGACUGCACAGACGCGACCUGACAGCCAAUACCUUCCGCAUCUACCUCAAGCACUACAUGGACAAUGCGCCACCGCCCAAUGCGCAAGAUUCAGACUCGGCCGCUAGCUCUCGCUCGGCGUCGCCAACGCCGCUCGCACGAAGUCAAUCAUCGAACACUCUUGCACUGGCGAUGCGCGGUGGUCCGUCUGGGGCCUCCCUCGUCACGCCAAGGAAGACAGCAAUUACUGCAGGCGGGGGCGAUGACCGCACGCCUCGGCCCUCGCAAUUACGCGCCCGGCUGAGCGAGGUAGAGCGCGAACUGGAUCGCACACCACGCGUGGGUAGGGCUCCUACUCGCACUUCUGUGCCCGAAGAACCAGACAAUCCAAGUGGAGAUUCGCUGUACGGCUUCACCCUCUCCCACCUCCGGCGCGUCCCCGAGCUUAUGAUCCUCGCACGACGGGUCGUCGACGAAGAAGGACGACGGCGCGCCAAGGAGGAGCGGGAGCGCCAGAAAGCCGGGCCAACCAAUACUACUAGCAAGCAGCGGCAGGUGCAGCCUGCGCGGCCGCCCGAGCACAAGACGAAGAAGACGAAGCGGCUCUUCCAGUUCGCGAUCCGGCAGCUGUACGAGGAGGGCAGCAUCGUGCUGUGGGACGGGCCCAUCCGGCCGCUCCCGCGCGAGGAUGCGGACUCGACGCAGCUCCCGGGGCCGCUCUGGAAGGCGAACUCGAGCACCGCGUCGGCCAUGACGGCCAGCUCGAUAGGGGAUGAAGACGACCCCGGCCAGCUGAGCGACCCCUCCCCGACCGAGGAAGCGUACAUUUCGCUCACGCCCGAGGUGCUGGCGGGCAUCGUCCAGCGCGCUAUCAAGGAGUGCAUCGAGGCAGCUGCCGCGCGGCGCUCGAAGCACCGUCAUGGUGGUCGUCCAAGGGCAGAUGUCGACCCCACUGCGCCGUUCGCCCCGCCCGCACCCCCGCCUGGCCCGACACCGGCGGAGAUCACUGCGUGGCUGCAUCGCGAUGCGCGUUGGGCGCGUGUGGGAGAGUGGGCGGUGAAGGACGCGCUGGAGUGUGCGAAGGCGGAGGGAAAGGUGUGGUGUAUCGGGCAUGGGAGGUGGGAGUUGUGCGCGUGAAUAGGCGAUGUACUCAGUGCUCUCUUCAUACUGCUCUGUUUGAUUGCUAUGCAC